CAGGGGGUUUCAAAACGCAUAAUGCUUAGAACGAACCCACCCUCCUGAAGCAUAGCUAUGGAUUUAUGAAGAGUAGAUGAGAGUUACUGUGCCUAUGCUUCAUCGCGUAGUUACUCCACUUCUGGAAGUCUGUGUGUUUUCGUAGCUUUUUAAAGAGGGCGUGGACAUUGUUAUGUGAGAUGACAGAGAUGUGCCUAGCGAUGGGCUUGAGAUUUAGUUUACUCGGUUUGUGGGUGGUACUGUUUGCCUGGCGAAGUGUGGACUGCAUGAACACAAAGACCAUAACAUGCCAGUUCCAGGGUGGGCUUUGCGGCUACACACAAGACGUGACGGACGAUUUCGAUUGGUCCUUAGAGGUUGACGAUACCCGGGAAAACCAGGCUCCAGCAGAAAAUAACUACAUCUGUGCCUGCAGAAACGGUACAACCCUACCUCCUGGUAGUCUUUCUCGGCUCAUCUCACCUAUCUACGAGGUCAAAGUUCCGUCGCUACUUAGUCUCCAGUUCAGACACUUCAAAACAGAAGACGACGACAGCCUUCUACGAAUCCGAACCCGGAGUGUCUCGCGAGAGGCUGCCGGUCAUGACGAGCAGCCGUUUUUCAGUAUGGUCGAUGACCUGAACUCGCCACUGCCCUGGGCGAUACUCGAAGGAAAGACUAACGUCUUCUCAUCAUUUCAGUUGGUGAUUGAAGCGGAGUUGGGCAUUUCCAGGAACAGUCGUGUUGCAGUUGAUGACGUCAUCGUCAAAUUGUACUCCUACACCAAUCAACAACGGGAGAAAGUCACUGCUGAACCAUCCAAGCCCGUCGAGUCGGUUUUCAAGAACACCUCAUCGAUACUGGCAAACAACAAACCGAUGCAGCCGCCCCCAACACAGCGUACAGGGACGCCUACCCCAGUCACUACUAUGACGUCACAUCAGCAGGCCAUCUACAAUGUGGAGACUGUGGAUAAUUCAGUUAGCACUGUAUUUCAGGAGAAGGCAGCCGAUCCGGACGAUGAGGGCGUUCCAAUGUGCUUCAUUUUAGCAGUUGUUUCGACGAGUCUUCUGGUCGUGUUUAUCCUCGCAUUUGUGUUCGUCGUUUUCUCGCUGACGAGGAGGAAACGACGGUAUCGGAGGUUCCACUUCAGUCACGACUACGAGGAAAUCCAAGGCAAGGAAGCUUAUAAAAUGAAAUCUUCCUCCGUUUCUUCCAUGGCACUAAUGAAAAAGCGCCCUCAAUCCCGGACAUCGCAUCAUCGUAAUCGUCAUUCAAACUCCCGCAUCCACAGCCUAUCGAGCUGCCUGUCCAAACUGAGCAUGCGCGAUAGUCUCCACUCAAGCAUCUACGCCGAGAUCACGGAGGCCGACUUGGAGCUUGCCAUGGACAGGUCGGACGUUGAGUUUGGUGCCAGUACGACAAUGACGACGACCUGUACUGGUACCUGGGAUCUGAUUACCAGCGACGGGAGCACCAGUGACAUCACCAUGCCGGCAGAGGACUCUUACGUCACUUCUUCGUCAAUGCAACUUUUUAACAGCAACAAUGGCAGCCAGAAUGACAGUGGAUGGGUAGAGAACAUCAUAUACGAGAAGACGUCUGAUAUGAGCAGUUUGGAGUCUAUGAGGAGAUUCUUCAAGAGGAACAAACCCUUCAAGGGGUUGAGUUACUACACAAAAGAAACGGAUGCAGUGGAGUCUAGACAACGAGUGAACACCGUGUAGUCACAACCACGGCUUGUGUCGAUGUGUCGUCAAUGACCUGUGUAAAGUUGCUUUAUAACAGAGCAGGUUACCAUACCAGUUAUCACUAGCAAGUUCCUGGCAAUUUGAUUACAAAGCAAUUUGUUGUUAGUUUUGCAAUUUGCAAUACAUUUUACUUUGCAACUCUUCUAAGCGCUCGAGUGUCCAUCCCGGAAUCACACCGCGUUUGAUGUGGACAGAACAUUUUUCUGUGGAGCUUGCCAGCUAACUGUCAACAGAUGGCGCUCUCUAAGGCAGCUGCUAUGCCUAGUGUAGGCCCUUUUCGAAACGACGGCUUCAGCUUUGGAUUCAGCUUUAGGCCAGCUUGGCCUGUCGGUUGUUUUACAAUUGCGUGUGAUGUGCGUAAUAUAGGCGCUCUGGGCUUCAGACGAGAGAACGGAUCCUGAAGACGAAUCCAAAGCCGAAGCCGUGGUUUCGAAAAGGGCCAUCCCUUGCCUUUAUCCAUGGUAUCGACGGGAAUUGCUCUUACAUACCCGGUGAUUUUAUUGAAUAAGUUAUUUCAAUCAUUGGAUAAAAUGUGCGGGGACAUAAGCUAUGCUUUGAUUGUCCCCGGUGUUGGUGCAGCUGACAAACGUCACUUAAUUCGGACCAUGCCAAUCAAAACACAGAUAUGGAAAGCUUACUGUCGGUCGUCUGCAGUUUGUUUUGUGAAUGAUAUAAUUGCAUGUGUUGUAUUUGUACAUAGGAUUUGAAUUGAUUCACCAUGUGAAAUGAAUAUAGGUGAAAGAUGAUUAUGGACAGGUAUUGACGUAGGCUCUGGUGCAAUCCACGAUUGUUUUGUCAUGAUGUUCACGGCUGACAAGGAGAACUCAUUGUGCAGCCGAUUGACAUUAUCAUAAUAAUAGUUGUUGCUGUUUGAGUCGUCUUUGAUUUAGAUGUUUAUUGUUAAAAGGGACUGCUGUCUUCUAUUUCUGUACAAUCUACUGUGAAAACCCCAUGUUUGUAUCUACUUGGACAAUAAAUUUCCGAAACGGAUA